UUGGUUUAAACAUGAAGCAUUUAUUUGUGUUUGAGUUGAUAACAGAUUGUACGAUAGAGCAUCCACAUACUAGAGUAAAACAGUUGACUGUGAAUCUGGUUAGAAAGCCAACUUGCUCUAAUAAUAAUUGACAUCUUAUGUUUGUAUUUUUUUAAUAAUUCAGUGACGCUCUGUCAUCUAAUUAUGUAGCUUUUCUAGACAACCAGGUGAUGAAACCUCUUUCUAUCUGUUUUCAUAUUUAUUGUAAUAUUUACCACCGCUUUCACAUUACCCACCGUUAUCUAAUUUAUUGGUAAUCCAACGUUGAUCUUUAAUUGAUUAUAAACACCUUGAUAGUGUCAUUUUUUAUGCAUCAACAUGUCUUCAACCAGCUUGUUUUCAAUACUAUUGCUUUGCUGGUUGACGCUUCAUGUUCAAGCAAGGAUCCAUCAUUUAGUCUUAAAGGGAGAUUCUAGACAAAAUUUUAAAAUUUCCACUUUUGGUUAUCUAUAUGAUGGUACCCUUAGAGUAAAUGUUGAAAAUUUCUCAUUUUCGCCAUAUGACAAAGAAUCUAGAUUUGGUUUCACAUUGUUAAAAACAAGGAACGAUGGAUUACAUCCUUUUGCUAAGGACAGAGAUGAUUGUAUUCUAUAUGACCAAGGUUAUGGAUUAAACAGAUUUGACGAUGAUAUUGGUGUGGUAACAAUCAUAUUCGAUUUGAAAAAGAAAAAAGCGCUAUUCCGAUGUAACCCUUUAAUGAAACAAUUCAGCGUAACAAAAGGUUACAUUAACUCUAGAAGAAAGAGAGAUGUAUCUAUUCCGCCGUCUAGUAACCCUGAUUCAGUUCCGAUCGCUGAUCUAUUGAACAAAGUUGGACCACGUGAAGUUCCUAUUCCUUCAGCAGAUAAAGAUAAACACAUUGAAGAUAAAGUCCCUUCUCAUUUAGAUAAUCCUGAUCCUAAUUUACAAGAAAGCAACCGUGUAAAUCCACCUGCCCCCGACCCUGGAGUUGGACGUGAGGGUGAACCUGAGUCCAAUCCUGAGCCGGAGCCCGAUCCUGAAGUAGACAAUAGCAAUGCAAAUAAUGCCAAUGAUGUUAAUGACGCGAAUGAAAAUUAUUGUAUGAAUGGCAAUACAAUAGACUUACUGGAGAAAAAUGUUUCAGGAGUUAUCAGUUAUUCUUUUUCGUUUCAUACCACCAUGACGGAUGUCUCUCUGAUAGGAUUAUACAGUCUAUACUUCCUCAACUGUCCGAAUUAUGGAAGAUCUCUGAUGAGAUCUCAUGAAAUCACUUUUAUUGAUCUUUCUAUGGUUAUUGAAGAGAAAAAUUUCCGUGGCUAUCUUUCAGCGGGAGAAGAGCCAUUGCCUUCGCUAUAUUUCUCUCUUUCCAUCGUUUUCUUUAUUCUUGGAUUAGUUUGGGUGCAAGUAAUUCGAACACGUAAAGAUGAUGCCUUCAAAAUUCAUUAUCUAAUGGGAGCUCUAGUUUUUGUAAAAGCUUUAGCCUUAUUUUUCCACUCCGUCGAUUAUCGCAUUAUAGACCAAAAUGGGGCUCAAAAUGAAACUUGGGCUAUUCUUUACUAUACGCUUCACUUCACCAAAGGGGCUCUUCUCUUUAUCACUAUUGCCCUUAUAGGUACUGGCUGGGCUUUUGUUAAACAUAUUUUAAGUGAUAAAGAUAAAAAGAUUUUCAUGAUUGUGAUACCUCUCCAGGUUUUAGCUAAUGUGGCUGAAAUCAUAACAGAAGAAAGUGAAGAAGGUGCAUUUAUGCAUAACAUUUGGCGAACAGUUUUCUUAUUAGUUGAUCUGAUUUGUUGUGGAGCCAUUUUAUUCCCUAUCGUCUGGUCGAUCAGGCACCUUCAAGAAGCAUCUCAAACUGAUGGCAAAGCUGCUAUUAAUCUCUUAAAACUUAAACUUUUCCGUCGCUUCUAUGUUAUGAUCGUUUGUUACAUUUACUUCACUAGAAUUAUUGUUUUCAUUCUCAAAUUAGUAGUACCUUUCCAAUUUGAAUGGCUCGACGUAUUCUUCCAACACGCGGCCACUCUUCUAUUUUUCAUCUCAACUGGAUAUCAUUUCCAACCUACUCAUAGUAAUCCAUACUUCCAACUAUCACAACAGGAAGAUCUCGAAAUGGAAGAAGUGCUAUUUAAUGUUACACCGAAUGUCUACAUCGCUAGCUCAACCAAAAAACGGGUCAAAGAGAAGGAGAACGAAAUUUCAGAGGAUCGACAGACAUUGAUAACAAAACGAGAAAAUAGUCAUGAUUUUGAAUAAAUUGUUUUGAUAUAUGAUGUAAAAAGAUUCUCUAAAUUUUUUAUGCAAACAAUCUGAAAUACAUUCUUGGAUAAAUAAUCGAGUAAAAAAUACAUAAUAAACUCUAUUAUAAAUUAAAGUCACUUUAACGAACA